AUGGGCAAGAGCGAUAAGAAAAAAGUUUCAGUUGGAGAAUCGGUCGUGCCUGAUGGUGGAUGGGGAUGGGUCAUUGUCUUUUCAUCAUUCUUGAUUCAUUUUAUUAUGGACGGAAUAACAUAUUCAAUGGGUCAAGUGUUCCUAGAACCCAUGCGAACUAAACUUUCACUCGAUCGAGCUUCGGUUUCAAUUGUUUUCAGUAUUUUGCCAGCUAUCACUCUUGGCGCAGGACCAAUCGCAACUGUUCUGACUAAUAUGUACGGAUGCCGUGCAGUGGCUAUAGCAGGUACUUGCAUUGCCUCGUUCGGUUUUUUUCUUAGUCGACUAUGGGCCAACAUUUGGUUUUACUAUAUGACGAUUGGCGUCAUUGGAGGUCUUGGUUUUGCACUCAUGUAUUUGCCAGCCAUUGUUUCUGUGGGAUUGUAUUUCGAACAAAAACGUACAUUUGCCAUGGGCAUCGCUCUUCCUCUACCACAAGAACCUAGCGAACAACGACGACUAGAACGAAAACUACGUAAAGAAGCCAAACAAAAGCAAAACGAGCAACCUUUAAGUUCGCAGAAUGGAUCUGCCACAUCGCAAAAUAAUAUUGCCGAAGUUGUCACCAUUGAAAAAUCACCAAGAAAAUCAUUCUUUAAUCAAAUAAUCGAACAAAUCGAUCUGAAUCUACUCAAAAAUCCUGCAUUUACACUAUUUGCUGUAUCGAAUUUCUUAAAAAAUCUUGGCUUCAAUGUAAUAUACAAUUUUUCCGAUGAUCUUGCAAAUGAUUUAAAUGUGACAAAAAAUCAACGAAUAUAUAUUGUUAUGUCAGUUGGUUUGUCCAGUAUUUUCGGUCGCUUGAUCUUUGGUUAUAUAGGUGAUCGAAAAUCGAUGAAUCGACUUUUCUUAUUCAUUAUAACAUCGAUUAUUUCCGGUGUUGCUACCAUGGUGGCUCCAUUAAGUGGCUCUUCUAUUUUUCUUCAUAUAGGCUAUGCAUCCCUUUUUGGCUUCUUUUCGGGUGGUAGUGUUACUUUAACAGCGAUCGUUCUUGUCGAUAUAGUCGGCAUUAGUAAGUUGUCGGAUGCAUUCGGUGUUCUUUUACUUUUUAUUGGCAGUGCAGCUGCUCUUGGAACACCUAUUGUUGGAGGACUGCGAGAUGCAUUUGCUCAUUUUCCUCAACCUUUUCUAUGGCCUUAUCUUAUUGUUGGCAGUUGUACUGUUGUUAGUGGUAUCCUAUUAUUUGCCAUUCCUUUUUUGCAACGAAAAAAGUCGAGUGAUGAUCAUAUGGAGAUAGGCUGUGAUGCUUUCUAUUCGGCAGAAGAUAUACCGUCUCAAGAACAACUGCAAAAAUUUUAA